CAUAAGAACAACUCUAAUUUUGUAGUUCUGCUUUCUUAUCUUCUCUUCCACAUUUUUAAUUCUGUUUUUAAAAGGGAAAAUGGCGGGUGAGCAAAUGAAGCCUGUUGCUUCUCUACUUCUGGUGCUCAACUUCUGCAUGUAUGUGAUUGUUCUAGGGAUUGGAGGAUGGGCCAUGAACAGAGCCAUCGACCGCGGAUUCGAAAUCGGACCUGAUUUCAAUCUUCCAGCACAUUUCGCCCCAAUUUAUUUUCCGAUGGGAAACGCAGCAACAGGGUUCUUUGUGACAUUCGCGUUGCUUGCGGGAGUAGUUGGUGCAGCUUCCACAAUCUCUGGCCUUACCCACAUUCGUUCUUGGACCGUGGGAAGCUUACCGGGUGCAGCCAUGGCCGCAACUAUUGCAUGGACCCUCACAGUCCUUGCCAUGGGAUUCGCCUGGAAAGAAAUCGAGUUUCAAGUGCGAAAUGCAAAACUGAGAACCAUGGAGGCGUUCUUGAUCAUACUCUCAGUCACACAGCUUCUUUACAUCGCUGCUGUUCACGGCGUGAAGAAACCUACUUAAGAAAUUAUGGCCUUUCGGAUUUUUUUCUACUUUUCAAGUCAACCAUCCCGAAGCUCGGCGUGUGGGUGUGUUUGUGUGUGUGUGAGAGAUUAUAUUUUCAUAGGAAAUUGAAGUAAAGCUUCAGUUAAAUUUAUGCAUUCUUUCUGUACAAAAGGAUCAGAUCUUGAUUUGUGUGUGUAUCACUUUGUGUUCAUUGAAUAAAUUCGAACUGUGAGGCUUGAUAUGA